AUUUCCCGGGCCAACUCAUCUUGAUGACUGUUGCUCAAGCCCCGCAGCGUCCUAUACCCUCAUAAAUUCCCAGGUCAGUUCAGGAUGACCUCGCACACUUCAUACGUCCUCCCUACCAUGGCUGCAUCAGAUCGUGGAAAGGGUUUUGUCUCUUCCGGAGUGGAAAUCAACCAUCCAGCAGUCGGUGCCAGUGAGUCUCGCCGACCGGGGGAUGGCUUCCAAGUGGAGGACGAUCGUACGGUCCUGCAGGAGACAACUACCGAUGCAGACGCGUUCCCAGAUGGCGGUUAUCGCUCCUGGCUCGUGGUUCUGGGCUCGUUUUUGCUGCUGAUGUCGUCCUACGGGCUGAUGAACUCGGUCGGGGUGUUACAAUCCUAUCUGGAAUCUCACCAACUAGCGAACUACUCGAGCCAGAAUGUCGGUUGGAUCUCAGGGCUCUUUGUCUUUGUUUCGCUGGGCCUGGGUGUCUUCGUGGGCCCCUUGUUCGACACCUACGGACCGAGAGAACUGGUCUCCGCCGGGUCGGCCUUUUAUGUGCUGAGUCUCUUCCUGACCGCGGAAUGCACCGAGUAUUGGCAUUUCAUCAUCUGCUUCGGCAUCAUGGCAGGCAUCGGGGGUGCGUUCACGAGCACCAUUGGGAUGUCCUGUGUCCCACACUGGUUCCAGGCGCGCGCCGGCAUGGCGAUCGGAACGGCCAUGGCGGGCGCAGGUCUAGGCGGCGUGGUCUUCCCUUUUAUCUUAAAGGGUGCCUUUGCCAAUCUGGGCUUCCAGUGGGGAAUGCGCAUCGUCGCCUUGGUCAUCCUGGUGCUGUGCGGACUGGCCUCAUUCCUCGUCAAAUCCCGCCUUCCUAAGGGACAGCUGAAGGCGGCGAUCGAUAUUCGGUGCUUCAAGGACUCUCGCUUCACACUGCUGAGCUGUGGGAUUUUCGCGCUCGAAUUGGAAAUGUUUGCCCUCAUCGGGCUCUUUCCCACGUACGUCAUCAAACAGGGCUUCAAUACCAGUGCGAGUGUGUAUACCUUGGUGGUGCUCAAUGUAUGCUCCUGCAUCGGUCGACUCCUCGCCGGCCGGGUCGCCGAUCGAUACGGUCGCUUGAACGUCCUCAUUAUCUUGAUUUUAUCGGCUGUUCUGACGAUGUUUACAAUUCUGUACCCGUUCAGCCGACAUCUGUCAGCAUUGUAUGUCUUUAGCGCCCUAUAUGGUCUCUGUUCAGGGUCGUUCAUCAGCCUCGCUCCUGUCUGCAUCCGGCAGGUGUCCAAUGCCAAAGAGAUCGGGAUGAGAUUUGGGACAUGCUACUGUCUGGUGAGCUUCGCGACGUUGAUCUGUAUCCCGAUCGGAGGCGAGAUGUUGGAGAAAGUUGGCUCGCGUAUUGUAGUUAUCUGGCUUGCAUGCGUGCUCUUGUUCUCCAUGUUUCUAUUUAUGACUGCGCGGUGGGCGUGUCUCGACUACAAGUGGCAUUGGCGGAUUCGCAUCUAGCUCCUGGGCUAUUAUGGACCGGAGAUAUCACCCAAAGUCACCAAUCAGUCUGGCACCUGUGGGGAUCGCUGCAGGGAAAAAGCUAAAUGCGGCGAUUUGGAUAUGCAGAUCCGAAUCCUACAA